UUCAGAUUGAGAGAGAGAGUUCAAGAUGGCCGCCUCAGGCUCCAGGUGAGGGCGCUUCUCCUCUGUGCCCUGGUUGAUCCACUCUCCUGCUGCUGGCUGAAGUUCAGUGCUGCGAAUCCCUCUCUGUUUCUGUGGAGACGCCAUGUCCUCCACGUCCUCCUGCUCCUCGUCGGGGGAGACCAGCCCAGAGGAUGUUCCCCGGGGCGGCGGGACCAUCCGCGUCUACCUCCCCAACAAGCAGCGCACGGUGGUGAACGUGCGACCAGGGCAGACGGUUCACGACAGCCUGGACAAAGCCCUGAAAGUACGAGGCCUGAGCCAGGAAUGCUGCGCUGUUUUCCGCCUUCUUGAAGGUCGCAAGAGGCUUACAGAAUGGAACACUGACAUCACGCCCCUCGUGGGGGAGGAGCUUCUAGUCGAGGUUUUGGAUGACGUUCCACUAACCAUGCACAACUUCGUUCGUAAAACCUUCUUUAAGUUAGCGUACUGUGACUUCUGCCACAAGUUUCUGUUCAAUGGCUUCAGAUGUCAGACGUGCGGCUACAAGUUCCACCAGCACUGCAGCAGCAAAGUCCCUACGGUCUGUGUGGACAUGGACACGAUGACCAAACGUUGUGUCUCCACGACAGAAGACUACCCCCAGAUACCUAUUUUAAUGAUGCCUGAUACUAACUCCAUAUCACAGAGUGACCUAGCCUUAACCCCGGAGCCUGGUCAAGGGCUGCUGUCUCCGGCCUCGGCCUUCCACUUUCCCUUGCCGGGGGCGGACGGCCAGUCGCUCCAGAGGCAUCGCUCCACCUCAACCCCCAACGUCCACAUGGUCAGCACCCUGGGCCCCGGCGCCGCUAGCAUCAUCGAGGACGCAUUAAAAAUCAACAACACAAUGGGACCAGAACCUUCUCCCAAACCCUCGACCAGUCCUCCUCAGCUGGGCUCCCCGGGCCGAAGACCCCCCAAAUCACCCUCGGAACACAAAGAGCGCAAGCCGUCCUCCUCCGACGAGAAAAAGAAAGUGCACCGUGUUGGCUAUAGGGACUCCAGCUACUACUGGGAAGUGCAUUCGAAGGAGGUGACCAUGCAGAAGCGCAUCGGUGCCGGCUCCUUCGGGACGGUGUACAAAGGCAAGUGGCACGGAGACGUGGCCAUCAAGAUCCUUAAAGUGACUGAACCCACGCCGGAGCAGCUGCAGGCCUUCAGGAACGAAGUGCAAGUCCUACGAAAAACGCGCCAUGUCAACAUCCUGCUGUUUAUGGGCUUCAUGACGAAGCCGCACUUCGCCAUCAUCACACAGUGGUGUGAGGGCAGCAGUCUGUACCGCCACCUGCACGUCACCGAGACCAAGUUUGACACCAUGCGCCGCAUCGACGUGGCCAGGCAGACCGCGCAGGGCAUGGACUACCUUCACGCAAAGAAUAUCAUUCAUCGGGACAUGAAAUCUAAUAACAUCUUCCUGCAUGAAGGCUGGACGGUAAAGAUCGGUGACUUCGGCCUGGCCACUGUGAAGUCUCGCUGGAGCGGCUCUCAGCAGGUGGAGCAGCCCAGCGGCUCCAUUCUGUGGAUGGCGCCAGAGGUGAUCCGGAUGCAGGACCCAAACCCUUAUACCUUCCAGUCGGACGUGUACGGCUACGGGGUGGUGCUGUUUGAGCUCAUGUCCGGAACUCUGCCUUAUUCCAACAUCAACAACCGGGACCAGAUCAUUUUCAUGGUGGGCCGGGGAUACUUGUCGCCAGACCUCAGCAAGCUGUACAAUAACUGCCCCAAAUCCAUGAAGAGGCUCAUCAUGGAGUGUCUGAAAUUCAAACGGGACGAAAGGCCCCUCUUUCCCCAGAUCCUGGUGAGCAUUGAACAGGUGCAGGACCUGCUGCCCAAAAUCGAGCGCAGCGCCUCUGAGCCGUCUUUGCACCGGGCCGUUCACGCCGAGGACCUGAACCCGCUGCUCUUCCAUACCACGCGCCUCAUGCCCCUGUGAACCAGCCCUAUCCGGACCCAUCUGGACUGGCCCGGAAACAUCCGGCAAGGCCGUCGCAUUCCACUCCCUGGGACCCCAGCGUUCCCCUGUUCCUCCACACAUUCCUGUCAGCUCAGAGACUUCUGCAGUCACUACACACAGACGCGUACUCAGACACGUCCCUGCCAGGCAUUCCUGAUCUCCAUCGGCGCUCACCUACGUCCUCUCUGUCCACACAGCUCCGGAAUUCUCCCGGUCACUCCAGAGCGGCCUCAUCGUCAAGAUUACCCAAAUCUUAAACCUUCAUGAGCGGUGACUGUUCAGUUUGUUUUUGGGUUUUUUGUUUGUCCCCCCAGGUUUAAGUUUUGUGGUGUUUUUUUGAUUGUUUUUGUUUUUUUUUACCUGCAAGCCUAUUUUCUACCUUUUUUUUUUUUUUUUUUAUUUUAUUUUGAGAAGUGAUAAGAUUGUGGACCCAUUUUCUACACAUGUAUAAAUGUAUUUUGUGUGGAAAACCCCAAAGAUUUCCAUAGGUCAUUGAAUCAUAUUCCAUUUCCUCUAUGAGCUUUAUAAUGUUCACGUCACGCCCUCAUAGGACACUGGUGGUUUAGAAAAGAUGGAUGUAGGAAUUUUAACAAGCUCAGACUCUCUGCAGUCAUUCGGUUGGUUUAGACAUUGUUACGGGGAAUACAGGUGAACACUACGAGAUUUCUAUCCGGUUUACGAGCUCAGGCAUCCGCACCCCUUCCUGCACUUUCUACCAAUCAAUCAUGACUAAGGCUGGGUAUCAGAGAUCAGCUUUUUCAUGGGACUGACCAAACACGGUUGGCCUUAAUGUUGGUGAGCCGAGAGGCAUUUGUUCCAUAAUCUAGACUAGUCAGUGGAUGUCUAAGGGUGCAUUCACACCUACGUAGUUUUGCGCAGACAAAUCAGAUUUUUUCUUUAGUUCGGUUCAUUUCGACAGGUGUGAACACUCCACCCCUCUUGGCCCACUGAAAUCGUGGGUCUCUGCGUGUUUUAACGUCUGACACUUUUUAUAGAUUGUUAUAUUAAGCAAUAAAAUAAUAGUGAAGAUGCGCUUCUGGUUUUGGCACAUGGAAUUUAUUGUUGACCAUGUAUUAGCGAUCGUACAAUUAUGAAGACGAAGCGUUCAUUAUUAUACUUCGUUAGGCUUAUUUUUCUUGCUUUGUGAUUUGCAUAUGUUAAGAGUGUGUAUGUCAAUACAAAAUAGGAACAGGAUAACAGAUUUAUAUUAAAAAUGUGAGAUCUAGAUUUUAUGCUAUAAUAGGCUAGUGACUGUGAAAGUAGCAGCACUUUUUUUAUCCACACCAAAUUCCUGACCUGUCAGUGGACACAUUCAUGAAUAUAAUUUGGUGCACUUCAGCUGCUGCAAUUAGAAAUAUGUCCGAUUGCAGUGUGGCGCCUCCAUUGCAAUAUAUGACUUUUUAACUCUGCCACCUUAAAUUCAGUGCUACCUGAAAUGCAGUGCCACCUUAAAUUAUCUGCCGGACACCUUAAAGUGACGUUUGUACUUUAACUGAGGGGUUGGAAAAAAUAAAGUAUGGUUGAGUUUUUGAAUGAUACCCAGCCCUACUCAUGACCUGCCACAGACAGAAAAAAUAGACCUCCCUUAUGUGGCACAGGCAUUUUAAGAAAAGUGAGAAUUGCACUUUGCAACGUUAGAUUCAAACUAGUACUGUAACUAGCCACUAUUUCUAAAAAUCAGCUAAUUUACUGACUGUUCUACAACGAAUAAACUAAUCGAACCGGGCUUUCGCGGCUUCCUCUGCCUUCAUUGGGCACGGCGCCUCGAUUGAAAAAAUUUCCUUUUUGGUGCAAUGAAAUAUCAGUUCUACACUUUCUAGUGUGGUUUAAACAGAUUAAGUGCACAUUUUACGGUGCUUUUGUUUCUACACGUACUACAUCUUUUCGCAUGCAUUUACAUAAUGCUGUUCAGAUCCUGUAGCAUCCACCCACUCAAAGGCUUGAUGGCUCCACAGCUUAGGUGCUGGUUUUGAGAGAUACUUUGAUAGUUUCUCUGGUGAUCAGCCAAAAGUUAAAAGAAAAAAGCACAAUCAGAUUUAAGAAAAAGCACAUUUGGCUCUAGCAAUAAAGAAAAAACGUCAAAUUUGACAUUGUUACUGUUCAUCUUUGCAUGAUCAUGCAUGGCACAGGACCGAGUCUGCUGCUCAUCGCUCAAGGCCUCAAAAUAGCUAAAUCAAAGUCGCAGUCCGUGGCAGAUGUGCCUGUGGACUUGCUGUUGAGCAAUUACGUGGUAAAGGCAGCGCCUUUACUUAAAAGCAAUCUAGCUGCAGAUACAAUGCGCAUAGCGAAAGGUCAAGAGCUGGAUGUCUGUUUUACUCGUCCAGUUACCGCUUUGAGUCUGUCUUUAACUUCAUGAACGUUUUGGUUUGACUGCGUUCCUCAGAGCAGAAAGGCUCUUUGAAAGCCCGUUGCCAUCGUGGUGAGUCAUGGCGAAUGCGUCUUGCUCAAUUUCUUUUCCUCUUCAUCAUGACUUAACAGUUUCUGCUGCGUAUUAACGGCACAUUUUCUCUCUGUCUGUGCUGUGACGUUGUGCUGUGAAGUGGUGCGGUGCGUCGCAGAUGGCGGUGAUGAAUUAUAAUGUGCAGACUAGUUUGUGUUUUUGUGUCUGCUGGGUGGUUUUUAACCCUUAGAAGCCAUGGUUAUUGCUGUUUUUAUUCAAGUUUUAUAUAAAUAUUCGCUCUAGCUCUAAAAUGGUUGGAGAGAUUGUGGAAAGUGCAGGUUCUAAACUUUCAGUUUGAUUUUUGGAAGCAAGGGAGAUGUUUAAAUAUAGCUUGAGUUGCAGAAGGAAAUAAAAAUAUUCACAUUUUCGUCACAAAACAAGUCAAACAGGUAGACUUGUACCUGAUUCAUUGUGGAGCUAUCGAAUUAAUGUUAUCGUUUGAGUUCACUGUUUUGUGUUCAAAUUUGUAAGUACUUAAGUGUCUAAAAAUAAGAUUAACAGACGAAUGCUAAACGUGCUUUCGCCUCAGCUAACAUUAUUAGCCUAGUCACAUUUUGUUUCACCUCGUGUUUCUACCUUGAAAUCAGUGAGUUUAGCUGAUUCCAAACAUGGUUUCAGUUAGUGAUGCUGAAACCUUUGUUCCAUUAAAUAUAUACAGGGUAAAAUGAGCUUGAGCUUAUUUACUAGUUCAAUUCCUUGGUGUUAUAGCUUUGCUUCAUUCUGGCUGCUACCCACUGCCAGAGACCCUUGGCCAGUGUGGAGCUCAUCGUUGGAGGUGCAGUUGCUGUUAGAUGGCUGCAAUAGUCCUUAUUUGUGUAAAACACAGGCUCUACACUGACCUCUAGUGGAUUACAGCAUUCAGGCAUCUCAUGGUUCUUCAAUAUGAGAAUGUAAAACAUUUUAAAAAUCCUAUGUUUCUUAAGCUUCCAGAACUGUUGAAAAGUUCUGACUGUCAGAUAGUCCAUGAAAAUACUGGUAAUAACUCUAGGCUUCGAAGGGUUAAACUCUAGCAAGGAAUGAGGACUGGCACAGAAUGGAUCUGAUCUCUAAACAUUGCUUUAAAGAAAAUUUCAUCUCCGGUGAGUCAGGAUCGUUGGUGCAGACUGGCUGUGAGGGAGCGGCUGUUUGGUUUCAAGGCAGUAGAAGGAGAAAAAGUUCUUGAACUGGACAAGUCAUGCCUGCUGCGACUUGUUCACUAUACGACAACUGCUGAGUAAAGGCUUUCAUCUUUCCUUCUGUCCCUCCUGGAGGUGUUUUGAGAAGAAAUGCACAGUAGCUGCCAUCUAGUGACUGCAGUGCUCUGUCACAGCUUUGUUUAGGCCACAAGGGGGCUCAACAAGACUUCUUGCUUUGCCUGUCUGAGGUCAUAGACACUACCUCCUUAAGAGGCAAGUACCCAACUGCAAUACCUCAUGCUCAUAACUACAGAACUUGGCUGUAGUUUCAUAGAACAUACACGGUUGUUUAUAAUAGUUACUGAACAAUAAUUCUUAAGAUUAGAAGUGAGUAAAAAGCCGGUUUUAGGUGCAACAAGAAUAGGAAUGCUGCAGUUUCAGCUUCGAGAUGUUACUGGUGUUUGUUGUGACACACUGUUCCAAGCUCUGAAAUCAUAUGCAGUUCUCGAGCUGUUCUGCUUCUGUGAUUGUUUUAAGAGAUGUUCUGGUUAUUCGUACAGGAGGGUGGGUGAGCUGUAUGAAGACUUUCUUUAUUCUGGAAGAAUGUAAGGUCCAAGCAGUCAGGGCAAAGUUCAGAGUAUACUUUUUUUUUUGUCCAAGGCAAUGUCCUUGUGAUCUUAUGAGGCCUUAUGACCUACAGGUUUUUGGUUUUCUUUGUAAUCGAUCUUUAAGAUUGCACAAAUAGUAAGAUCUGUGUAACUGACAGUUUUUUGUUUUGGUAAUCUCCCCAAGGUUGCAACUUAUUUUUGAAAGGGGCUGGUCACCCUUUACAGCAUUCUUCUUCCUGAUGGUUGUAAUAAGAGUGGGUGGUAUAUUCUUUGUAUACCUAGAUUCCCAGCACCACAUGUAAUUCACGUCAAUCAGAUACUUCAGCAGUAAUAUGAGCCUUGGGUCUAGAAUCAGUUUUAGAGCUUAGAUUAUUGUAGUUGACUGUUUAUUGUUAUUGUGUAGCUUAUAGCUGUCAGUGGCACAGCCAGAUCCAUAUUGGACCUUUACUAGCAGCAGCAAUGAUGAUGCUUUUAUGUCGCCCCCAGGUAAAAGACAGAUGGACUGUGAGGGAACUUGAUGGUCUGUAGUAGAGCAGGAUGAAUCAUAUCCUUUGACCUUUUGUUGUUAUUAUGACGCAGAUGAAAGGAGCAUAUCUACUUAUAUUCAAUCUUUACCCUUUGUGACUGUCUCAGACCCGUUUAUGUGUGGGCGAGUGGGUGUUGAUGCGUGGCUUAAGUGUUUUUAAGUAAGAUGAAGAUGCUAGGUACUUCUAGUAGGACCAAGAAGCGCUCAAAGCUACAAAAAUAAACUAGUAAAUAUGCUUUAUAAUAAAUAAUGCUUUAUAAUGUUAACAUAACAAGCUCUUUUCUGCUGGAGGCUGCGAUAUGAAGCCUUUUUUUCAGUACAAGUCAGAGACCACCUUAAAUUCGUUUCAGGAGACUCUAGUUUCUGCAAAGUUCAGUCUUAGAAAUUGGUUGCACUUUAUGCUUCACAUGAUCCAAAUGACCCCACUUACACGUUGAAACUCUGUUCUAGUGCACGUUUUCGCCUUGGCUGUUUCGUCCAACUCCUAGUGCCGAGUUGUUACCUCACAGUGGAAGGAUGUGUGAAUUUUUCCCAGAUCUUGAAGCAAGACUGGACCUUGAUUUUCUCCUCCUUCUCAAAGAUGAAAGUGCCGUUUAUCUGAUGGGAACAGUUCUGGUGUCUGCCAGGUCUUCCAGGUGGUUGUUGGGUGUCCUGUUUUCUCUGUAGCUUUUACUUAAAACUUCAUUGCAUGUUUUUUCAUUUUAUUCGGUUUUAUGCUAGACCUUAAUGGCCAUUUUGAAUGGAAAUGAAAGAAAUGAAUGGUGGUCUCUGACUUCUGCACAACCCUAUAAACAAAUACCACCAGUGUCAAACCUGGUUCUUAGGGGGGUUCAGGUGCAAACGUUCAUUACAAUAGUUAGUACAUGUAGUAUGUUCAGGAGAGUUUAUAGUAGAGCUAAUAGUCUUAAAAUGACAAAUGGGUAUACAUUUUAUAACAAGAAUAUUAAUAAUAAUAAUCAUAAUGACAACAGAUCAGAUUUUAAAACUGGUUAAAUAUGGCUUUCCAUUUAGUUUAGAUCAGUUUCUCCUUACUUUCAUUCUAAAGGAAUAUGUAACCUCUUGCAGAUGAAGUUGACCAGUACCAGCUCGCUCAAUGCUAGCAUGCGAUCAGCUUUCAUUCAUGACUGUUGGAGGCUGAGGUUGGUGGGGUCUUUUUAAAAUCGGCCGAACUGAUGGCUUUGAUACUCUGCUGGUUCCUUUAGGUUCCUUUAGUAAAUCGUAACCACAAGAAGCAGCUGAGCACUUAGAAGCUAAUCUCUAACUUGCACAUUGAAUGUUUUGACCUUUUAUGUGGACAUCCCCCAGAUGUAGAGGGGAAACACUCUGAGAAAAGAGAUUAUUCAGAGCAACUAUUUUAAUUUUAAGAAAAACGUUUUUUUCAGUUCGCAGCCAUUUCGUACGACGUAAAUAAGUGGGUAAAAUUUUUGGCAUUUUUUAAGCAGAAUAGAAUAGAAUUUUUUGUUCCUUUGGCCUGUCGUUGGUCAUUAAAGCACACGGCACGUUCGUCCAAAUGCGAAAUUCCACUUUAAUGCUUCUGCUGUAGGGAACUGCAGGGGAAUGGGUCAAACUCUUUAAAAAAAAAAUUAAAUAAAUAAAUCCACAGUUGAGCAUUUUUUUUUUUUUUUUUUGCUUUUCAGAGCAGAACACACAACCGAUGAUCAACUUUGUUAAAAUAGUUUUUUUUCUUCGUAUUUUAGGUGAAUUGCAAUAAUUUUUGUGUGUAUAGUUGAGGUAUAAGGGGUGUUACGUUUGCAAUAAAACGGUGUAUUCUGCUGUGUACAGUUACCUUUUUUUUUUUUUUUUAAGAUUUACUUUAAAAUUGUACUUGUUUCUAUUUUUUUGUGUGAUGGUUUCAAAAAGAACAAAAUUAUUUUAAAAAAAUGUAAAGGAAAUCUUAGUAUUUUUUUAGGGUUGUUAUUUUUAUUUGGUCUUAAAAUAUGGAGGAGACAGGAUUUUAUUCUUAAAAUAAAACUGUGGAAUUAUG